AUGGCAGUGAGGGCGCCCGCUGCUCCUUCCGCCGUAACCACGCCCGCCCCCGUCGUCCCCGUCCCCGCCAUCGCCACCCCCUCCAGGUCCCGCCGCCAGGUCGCUGCCGCUGCCGCUGCCGCUGCUGCUGCCCCUGCCCCUGCCGCUGCCCCUGCCACCCCCUCCAAGAAGCGCCGCCGCACCACCGCCACCCCUGCUGCCUCCCCCGCCGCCGCCGCCGCCGCCACCACCGCCACCGCCUCCAAGAAGGAGAAGAAGAAGGAGAAGAGGAAGAGGAAGAAGAAGAAGGUCCGUAAGUGCGUACGGGACGUAAAGAAGUCUGUAGCGGCUCUAGAGCUUGCUAUGGAUUCCUCCUCCUUAGAGGACAGUGAUGAAGAUGAUGAGGAUUAA